UUGACAUUUUGGUAAAGAAAAAAACGGCAUUCAAGUCAUCCCACUAUUCCCACUAAGGUCGAUGUCUUGUUCACUAAUUAACUAAAUCUGAACAGAAUAACAGAGGCCUUAGGAGUUUGAACAAAACCCACUUAAGAUAGCCUAGCAAAACCAGCAGAAAGAUACUGUUUUACGGCACCUCCUAACUUAUCUCCAUUGAGUAGUCAUGAAGAUCUUAAGCAACAAUUGCUUUCUGAUCAUUCUGCUUCUCUUUGUAUCUGGUGCAGCACAAAUCAAGGCAGAUUAUACUACCUGCAUGAAUCGCGCUAGCCCGUGCUUUAUGGAGCAACUUCAAUGCCCAUCGGAAUGCCCUUCUCAAUAUCCGUCUGACCCACAAGCUAAAGUUUGCUAUAUCCGUUGCAAUUCACCUAUGUGCACAUCACCCGUGUGCAGAACUAGGAAACCAAAUUGCAAUACCCCUGGAGCUGCAUGCUUGGACCCGCGGUUCAUCGGCGCAGAUGGCACUGUAUUCUACUUCCACGGGAAAAGCAACGAGCAUUUCAGCUUGGUUUCAGAUCUCAAUAUCCAAAUCAAUGCUCGCUUCAUUGGUCUAAGGCCAGCGGGUAGACCAAGGGACUACACCUGGAUUCAAGCACUAGGAAUCCUUUUUGGCUCUCACAGUUUCUCUGUCGAGGCCAUCAAAGCAGCAACAUGGGAAGACGAAAUCGACCACCUAAAAUUCUCAUACAAUGGCAAAGAGCUAGUCAUACCCGAAACAUACCCAUCUUUGUCGUUAUCCGCACAAAACGACCUAAAAGUACAAAGAACAUCGAGGAAGAAUAGUGUUUUAGUCACUCUAUCAGAAGUUGCUGAAAUUUCAGUCAAUGUGGUGCCAGUGACCAAGGAAGAUGACAGAAUCCAUAACUACCAGAUACCUUCGGAUGACUGCUUUGCUCACUUAGAGGUGCAAUUCAAAUUCUAUGAACUUUCCACAAAGGUUGAAGGUGUGCUCGGCCGGACUUACCAACCAGAUUUCAAGAAUCCGGCAAAGCCUGGUGUUGCAAUGCCGGUGGUGGGAGGUGAAAACAAAUAUAGGACCACGUCGCUUCUAUCUGCAGAUUGUGGUUCUUGUGUGUUUUCUCCAGUUGGGGUUUACAACAAGGAUGAAUCGCUGGUUAUAGAUUUUGGCCUGCUAGAUUGCACCGCUGGGGCUAGCACUGGGAAUGGAAUCAUGUGCAAGAAAUGAGUAGCCUACUAUGCUAUCUUCUCCUAGAAUUUCAGGUGUUUUUUCCUUGAUUAAUAAUUGAAUGUUGCUUUCUAGAGACUAGAGAGAGAUGUGUCUUAUGUUUUAUCCUUGAGUGGUGCAAUUUCAAUCGUUUCGAAGCUGGAAUGAUGUAGCUUUUAGUUUUUUCACAUGGUUAAUCAGGAUUUUGAAUCAUUUUCUAGCUCUGAA